GUCGAGCUUUCUUCACUAGCGAAUGAGGAAGAGACAGAGAACGGCUUAUUUAAACAAAACUCAAAAUCGUAGACAAGAAAUCAAAUCGACAUGUGAUUGGCUGUCUACUUUGUGUAGGAGUCACCCUACAGAUAACAGUUCACUCUCGUCUGUGUUUCUGAGGACAACAGCUUGUGUCACUUGUACUUGUAAUGGAGAAACACUUGCCAAAUGAACCCUUGAGGAUUGUGCUUCUGGGGAAAACUGGAUCAGGAAAAAGCACAAAUGGAAACAGGAUUUUAGGGAAAUCUGAAUUCAAAUCAAAGUGUGUUCCUGUACCUAUAACAAGAGCAUGCCAGGUGUCAUCAGCACAAGUUGAAAAAACAUUUGUCAGUGUCAUUGAUACACCAGGUAUCUCUGACAUCACACUUGAAGAAAACGAUCUGAGGAAAGAACUAAAACGCUGUAUUGAGUUGUCUGCACCUGGACCUCAUGCUUUCCUGCUGGUGAUCAGGCUAGAUAUAAGAUUCACAGAUAAGGACUUUAAGGCCAUCGAGUGGAUCAAAGAAAACUUUGGAGAAGAGGUUCUUCUCCAUAUGAUCAUCCUGUUUACUCAUGGUGAUUGGCUAGGGGAAAGAUCGGUAGAUAAAUAUAUUCAUUCCAAUUUUGUUGAAAUUAUUAACAAAUGUGGGGAGAGAUACCAUGUGUUCAACAACAUUAAUAAUAACAAACUUGAGGUUACGGAGUUGCUGAAAAAGAUCAAUGACAUGCGUUGUGUCAAUGGAGGAAAGCAUUAUAGCAGUGAAAUCUAUGAGAAGGCUCAGGCAAAGCUAACAUGUGAGAAAGAUGAAACUGUAAUUGAUUAUGUCACAAAAGUUCUGUUUGUUUUAGGGGCUGGGAUAGCAUUAGCAACCGGACUUAUGAUAGUAGGUCCAACAAUUCCUGUAAUGACCUAUAUUACUGUACUAGCAGGAUUUACAACAAUAUUUGCCACCACUACAUCUUGGUUAAUAGCUGAACAGAUAAAGAAAUGCAAACAAAUAAAUGAGGACUAUGCUGAUAGAAAAUGGCAGCUAGAAGGAUUAGGAGCUGAAUCCAAAGAGCCAAAUGUAAUCCAGAUUGGACAACUGAAGGUAGAAAUAAAGCAUCAGAAAGCCAGGAAGCGUAACAGGAAAGGGACGAAGGACCCCGCCUGGCCAAACAAGGUAUUGCCUUCUCCAACAUGACUUUCUGACAUUAUGCACAAUAAUGAUGACCAUAAUGUUCUGUGUAACAAGCAAGGCUGUAAAAAGCAUUUCAGAAUAGCUGAACAUUUAAUAACAACUU